GUCACUGCUAUUGGUUAAGAGUUCGCCGAAAAGGCGUGUGCGUUAAAAAGACGCCCACACAGACAGUAUUUGAUUGGUGGAGACAGUCAUACUUACUGAUCUCGUGACAAGGAAAUCGGGUGUGAGCUGGUCUGAAGGAACUGGAUUCGUCUGAACCAUGGAUUACCGUAUGCUCUGCGUUGUUUUACUUUCUUUCCUCGCCUACACUAAUUCUGAGCAGGUGAAAUUUGUGGACUGUGGUUCAGUAGACGGAAAUGUUGUUGAGGUUGACAUCCAGCCCUGCACACAACAGCCAUGCCAGCUUCACAAGGGACAGUCCUAUACAGUCAAUGUAACAUUCAGCAGCAGUGUUGCAAGUCAGACCAGUAAAGCUGUGGUUCAUGGAGUGAUCGCUGGUGUCCCCGUGCCCUUCCCCAUCCCUGUUGAUGAUGGUUGCAAGUGUGGAAUUCAGUGUCCUAUUGUUCCACAAAAAAUGUACAGCUACGUCAACCAGCUGCCCGUCAAGAGCGAGUAUCCAACUCUAAAACUGGUUGUGGAAUGGGAAUUAAAAGAUGACUCCAGCAAAGAUUUAUUUUGCAUCAAGUUCCCAGUUCAGAUUGUGAGCUGAAGGCCAACACUGAAGCCAGGAUAAAAAAAAAAACGCUUACAAAGGGAAGCAUCUGGAUGUGUGCCUAACCACUUUUCUAUGGCCUUUUUAGAUCUAAUAUUAGUAGACACAGAUUUUAUGAUUUAAACUACUACUUUUGUUUCUAACCCUGACAGAUUUGUUAUUUUAACAUGUAUCUUUAACUAUGCACACAGUGCCACUCUACAAACAUUGCCUAAUCUUAGUUUGUUGCUAAAAUUGUGUCAAUGAUUCACCAGAAUGAGAUACUGGCAAACAGUGGUCAGUGCCGGUGAUUAAAUCAAGUGUGGCUAGACAGUGUUCUAAUGUUUCUAAUCAUACCAUCUUUGAGCAAAUAGUUGUGUAUUUUUACUUGUAUUUUUAAAUCUGCAUAUUUAAUAAAGACUUGAAUCUUAAAAUGAGCUUAUUUUAUUAAAACAUUGGCGAAUGUGGGCGCUUUUGACACGCAACUAUGUAUGUUACUGAAGUAAACUAUUUUUGUUAAUGGUAAACUGAUUUUUGUUUGAGUAUUUUUAUGCAGAAUGUUAAAGUAGGGCAAAAUUAAAAUAUUCCCCCAGUGUUCUCACACCUUUUGAUCAACGAUUAAGAUGAGGGAACCCUGUAUAUAUUCAUUAUAUACACUUCUAUGACAAUUUUUUAAUAGUAAAAUUUCCAUGAUAGUGGGGACACUGUCUGUUUAUGCUCAACUGGUUAGCUAAGAGUGCACUCCAGUUUAAGUAAACCAGUUAAACCUAAUACUAUGUGUAAAAGGCUCAAUGUAAAGCUAAAAAAAGUGCAUUCUCUACAGCUAAAGAUAUCUUUAUUUGAAGUGUUGUCUAUUAAAGUGAUCUCUUCACUGUU